AUGCGUCUACACUUUGUGCCAGAACAAAAUCAACCAUUUAGUGGCCAUAUCUACGUCAAAGGCUUUUACUUUUCAAAACACUGCCAUUUAGACUAUACCCAAUCCAAAAUCCACGACCCUUUCUUCUUUCACGUUCCCUUCAAGUCAGAAUGUCAGUUGAAACGUGAAAAGAAGGACCAUGGUACCAUGUUCUCCAUGAUUGUUGUAGUACAACAUCACCCCCUAUUCAUUACUGAAUAUGACAAAGCCUAUGAUGUGUCUUGCUUUUACAACGAAAACGAAAACAAUUUGGAGCAAAAGGUAGAGAUUAACGAAAUGACAACCAUCGGACUGACGGACGAAAAGUUUCUACCAGAUUGUAGAUAUACCGUACUCCAUGGCGGUAUUAGUGGAGAGCCGGUCAAGUUUGCUAAUAUUGGAGAGACACUGGUUCAUAAGUGGGAGUGUCAGACUAGUAAGUGUAUAUUAUUAUAAUAUUUUGUCUGUGCGUAUUUUACAAAGUAUACAACUUUUUUUUGAUUGAAAGUUUUAUGAUAAACUUAAAAUAAUGUCAGUAAGGGGUGCUAGGUAGUAGGGUAGGGGAAGUAAGGUAGGGUUCAUAGGGUAGGGUUAGUAAGGUAAGGGUACUAAAGUAGGGAUAGUAGAGUAAGGUUAGUAAAGUAGGGGUAGUAAAGUAGUGGUGUAAGGGUGAUUAUAGAGAAAAAAAUCAAUACUAUGUGGACGAAAUGUAAAUUUUAUUUAUAAAGGAGUAGGGGUUUUUGGUAGUAAGUUAAGGUUAUUAAGGUAAAGGUGGCAGCGGUAGUAGGGAAGGAGCAUGGUUAAUUGCAUAAGAGUGGUAUAGAGAGAAAAACCAAUACAAUGUGGACGAAAUGUAAACUUCUUUUUUAGAUUAGAGAGGCACAGCUAACAGAAAAAAAAAUAUUGUGGUUAGAGAAAAACGUUUUUGAGAGAGGAUGGGAUAAAAAGAUUUUUUUUUGGAAAAAGGGGGGAGGGGUAGUUAAAUCAAAAAAUUUUUUUUUAUUUUUGAAUUAUUUUUUGAAAAUUUUUUGUUUAAAUUUUGAAUUUUUAGGUAACAAAAGUGUAAAAUAAGUCUCAGAAACACAGUUGGUGUUACAAAUUUUUAAAAUUAUUGUAUUUUUUUUUAUUUUUAGGUACUCAAGGUAUUCUAGUUCAUUCAUGUUACGUUAGAGAUGGAAUUGGCACAGAGUUUUUAUUGUUGGAUGAUAGAGGGUAAGACCAUACUGGAAGACAAAAUUUUGUUUGAAAAAAAUUUUUUUAACUUUUUUAUUUAUUUUUUUUUGUUUUAUAAAAAAAAUUUUUUUAAUAUUAAUUUUUGAUUUAAAAUCAAAUCUUAAAAUCAAAAAUUUUUUAAAAUUUUAAUAUUGCUUUCAGCUGCCCAACCAAUGGAUCAUUGAUAAAGCAAAUCACUUACAAUCCAAAUCUGACUAGUGCUUACACUCCAAUCAACGCUUUCAAGUUUGCUGACCAAAUGGUUGUCUAUUUCAGUUGCCAAAUCACGCUUUGUCGAACUGCUGACCUUGGUUGUGAAGGCAUUACUGUAAGUUUUUAUAAUUUGAGAUUUAAGUAAAAUACGACGGGUCUAAUUGGUGCUUCAAAAUUUGAAAAAAAUUUACAGCUUAAAUGAUUUUAGCCUCCGUUAUGUGGUUUGGAUGUCGAGCCAUCAAAUGGCAGCAGCAGCAAUAACACUGAUUCUGGUGUGGAUAUGAAUGGGAAUGGUAAUACCCUACCCUACCCUACCCUACCCUACCCUACCAUACUCUACCCUACCCUAUGUUACCCUAUCGUACCCUGCACUAUCCCAGAAUUACUAUAGUCCUGUCUUGCACUGACCUAGCCUUAAUAUUAGCUCUAGCCCCAGCCCUAACUGUAGUUAUAAUCUAAGAAUGAAGUAUUUAACUCUACUAUACUGUAGCCCUAGCUUACCUAACUCUAUUCUUAUCCUAUAUUAUAAUUUCACAUGCUUAGACUCUUUUUUACCCUAUCUUAAUUCUAAAUUAACUUCGUCUUGUCCUACUUUAUCCUCCCUUAAUCCUACCUUAACUCUACUUUAACUUUACCCUGGUCAUACCUUAACGCUACCGUAAAUAUGCUUCAGAAUUGCUUUACUAACUUCAUUUUCAGAUCGACUAACAUCAACUACUGCUACUACAACCACGACAACCUCAGAUGCAACCAGUGGCAAUGGUCAAGCGGAAGCUCAGCUAGCCGAUUCUUCUAAUAUUUUCUAUUCUAUGCCAUUCCCAUCAGCCAGACACGCUAGAAAUGCUAGAAAACGUAGAGAAGAAAGAAACUUCACUGAAGUUACACUUGAUGUUAACACGGAUUCUGUAGGUGUCAAAAUGAUUUAAAAUUUUUUUAUCUUAGUUUUCACUAUUAAAAUGUUCGUAUUUUACAUAAAAUGAAAAAAAAAUCAAUUUUAGCUCAUUAUUUUUACAAAAGAUGAAAACCCAAAUGGAAAUCUGGCCUUCAAAAUUGAUAGCAUCUGUUCAGCUGCUUAUAAUCAGAUCAGUAUUGGAUGGUUUUGCUUGAUUAUUGGUAAGUAA